CCGCCCCCAAAACAUCUCCUCUGUAGCCCCCGAGAUGUAAGAGCGGGCUAGAUGCCACCCGGUUCGAAGUUGGGGAGAGAUGUGGAGAAAGAGCUGAAGGCGUCGAGCUUGGGAAUGUGGCGCGCGGCUCUCCGUCUCCGGGGAGAUCUUCGCAGGAACCUGUGGUGAGCCCGUCUCGCCUCCAGCCUUGUGGGAAGCCGAUCAGAAGUCAUCUUCUGCCGUCAAAAGAAGCAUGCCAGAAAGUUUUUCAGCCAAUGAUCCUGUUGCAGCAAGCUGGCCUUCCUCCUCCUCCUCCUGAGAAGCUUCCAUCUCUUCCUAUGUCAGUGGCCACCAGGCCCACAGCCAACUCGCUACUCUCCUCACAGAAACCUCUUGGACUGGGGCCAUCUUUGCCGCUUGCACAAGAUGAGGAACUUGCUACUGGGGUGGAGCAGGACCCGGUGCUGGAGGAACUAUGUAAGCCUUUAUGCUGUAGGCUUUGUAACGUCACCUUGAAUUCUGCACAGCAAGCCCAGGCUCAUUACCAGGGUAAAAACCACAGCAAGAAGCUUCGGAAUUACUACGCUGCUAACAGCUGUCCAGCACCUACCAGAAUGAAUAAUUCGCUUGAGCCAGCCACACAUCCGAUGCUUUCCCUUCCAACCCAGGGGGCUUCCACGAAACCAGGGGGGCGAGUGAUCCUGGCCACAGAGAAUGACUACUGUAAAUUGUGCGAUGCUUCGUUCAGUUCGCCGGCUGUGGCCCAGGCUCACUACCAAGGAAAGAAUCACGCCAAGAGGCUGCGCAUGGCUGAAGCGCAGAACAACUCAUUCUCGGAGACAUCAGACAUGGUAGGCAAAAGGAGGGUGCGGAAGGAAGGAAACGAAUACAAGAUGAUGCAGAACAGAAGAAAUGUAUAUGCUGUCCAGAACAACACAGGCCCUUAUUUCAACCCGCGCUCCCGGCAGCGGAUCCCGCGCGACCUCGCCAUGUGCGUCACCCCCAGCGGCCAGUUCUACUGCUCCAUGUGCAACGCCGGCGCCAGCGAGGAGGCCGAGUUCCGCCAGCACUUGGAGAGCAAGCAGCACAAGAGCAAAGUGUCCGAACAGCGGUACAAGAACGAGAUGGAGAACCUUGGCUAUGUGCAAUGAGACAUGCGACUCGCUCGCAGCAGAUCCUCUUUCCCCCCCCUCCCCUCGGCGGGGAGCAGCUUCUCUCGCCUGCUGCUUGCCACGUACCCUGCUUUUGUGCUCCGUGCCUUAGGAGGCCUGCUCCCCAGCUCUCUCUCCGUCUUUUUUUUAACAACCCGCAAACCCAGCGGCGAAGUAGGUGAAAUAAAAGAGGGUUUUUUGUUUCUCGUUUC